UGUUAGUUUUGGGAUUUUUUUUAUUUUUAUUUUUUUAGUCAUAACAAAAUUUCAAUUUAUUAGUUUCUCAAAAUUUCACUUUCAUCAAAACACAUCCAACUGGUUUGAUUAAUUAUAAUAUUUGAUGUAGAGUACGGAUUGGAAGGAUUAGUAUCAACAAGGUGUGACGUUUACAGUUAUGGUAUUAUGUUGAUGGAAACAUUUACAAGACGAAAACCCACUGAUGAUUUAUUUGUUGGGGAUCUAAGCCUCAAAGGUUGGGUAAAUCAGUCACUACCUGACGCAAUUAUUCAGGUUGUCGAUUCCAACUUGCUCAGGCCAGAGGAAGAACACUACACUGCAAAGGUGCAGUGCGUAUCAUCCGUCAUGGAAUUGGCUUUGUAUUGCUCUGCCGAAUCACCCCAGGAGAGGAUCAACAUGAAAGAUGCUCUAGUAGCACUCAAGAAGAUCAAACUUCAAUUUAUCAAAAAUUGUGAGCAAGUUGAGACAGUAGUAACUAGACACACUCAAUGAGGACUGAAUUUGUGUGAUGAUGCUCCUAUCUUACAAGG